AUGCCAGUGUCGUCAGCGCCAAGUCAAGCACCGUAUUUCAAUACGCCUUUACCACAGAGACAAACCCCAGCUCCUUACCAGCGAACUGGCGAUCCCGAAUUUGUUCAGAACCUCUUUCCAAAUCUCCAUGCACCGUCGGUCCCUCCAGCCAGCAAGCUUCCACCACCGAAACUUACACGUCACUCCCUUGCCCUCCUCAAUGUGUUUAAGAAUGACAGCGUUAAGAAGACAGAUGUAUCUAAACCUGAACUGGAGUCGCAGUCGAGCGCGCCAAGCAAAGUUCAAUCUCAACACCAGAACAGUCUGUUAGAGCUUCUGAGAAAGCCACAAGCUGCCGCCUUAUCUGCACCUGGUCGUGCGGAACUAGCUGCUCGCCCCACUCCUUCCUUAGGAAUUGCGAAAGCUCCCGCGCCUGAAGUACCUGCACAAUCACAACAGAAAACACAAGAAGAGCGGAGGAAGUCUCCUAACAACAGCGCCAGAAUUUCAGCUACCGUUUCGGGGCCCUUGAAUUUGCCUCAGCUUGAAGCUAUUGCGAAAUCAGUAUCAAAGAAAUCCGUGACACAGUCAUUACGGUCUACUACCAAGGGGGAAGUUACACCAACAAAAGGAAAUUUUGUUAUUCUUCCACGACCGCCCACAGUAAAGAAAGAGGUUACUGUACAACAGUUUACUAAGCCUCCACCUUCGGCCGCGAAAAGAAACGUCCAGCUUUCCGAAAUCACAAAGCCGUUUCAGCCAAAGAUUCUCCGUCGCCCUGUCAAAGAUGACCUAGAUGCUUCGCUUCCAACAGAAACUGUUCCUGUUAGUGCUUUUACACUCUCUGAGAAGCAGGCUGUGCCUGAGAAUCGACACGGAGAACCCGUAGCGGUGAAUUAUGACCGUCGGCCGAGCCAGACUGCGUCCCAAAAGGAAGCUUUGCUAUCGCUCUUUGGCAAACCUCCUCACUCACUCGCAGCAGCGCCCCCUACGGAACCGGUGCAAGCUCCCUCCCCUGGAUCAAAGAUACCACCACAGUCGGCUAUCAUAAGCCCAAUUGAUUCAACUUUUUCACAAGUUGGGACGUCAGGAGGUGCUCCCACUCCCGUGUCCAGAGUGAGAAGCGUUUCUCCGGUUGUUGGAACUGAAACUAGUAAGGCGGGGCCAACAUCACCAGUGAACAAGGCAUUUUUGCUUGGAUACUUGGACGGAGUUGCGAAAGGUACACAUUGA